AUGGCUCUCCUGCCUAUUAAAACCGUUGGAGUGAUCGGGGCUGGUCUUAUGGGCGCCAGUUGGACUGCGUUGUUCCUAGCAAAGGGUCUCCAAGUCAUUGUGACGGACCCGGCUCCCGGAGCCAAGGAAAUGCUUCACGAUUUUCUCAACGAGCGAUGGCCAACCAUGGCCAGACUUGGGAUCAAGCAUGGCGCAUCUUUGGAUAAUUACAAGUUUGUUCCCGACAUCAGUGCAUAUCUCGGGCACAUCGACUUCGUACAAGAGAAUGGACCGGAAAGGCUGGAUUUCAAGCGCAAGCUCUUUGCACACUUGGAUUCCAACACCCGUGAGCAUGUGAUUCUGGCCUCUUCGUCUUCGGGGCUUCCAUCGUCGCAAUUCGUCACGGACUGCAAGAGAAACCCAGCUCGCGUUCUCAUCGGCCACCCAUUUAAUCCGCCACAUCUGGUACCGUUGGUCGAAGUGGUUCCGAAUCCCAACACUGGUACUGCAUACGUUAAGGCCGCCUUAGAAUUUUAUCGUGGUUUGGACAAGGAGCCAGUGCUUGUGAACCGCGAGACCCCAGGGUUUGUUGCCAACAGGCUUCAGGCCGCCCUUUGUGCAGAAGCCUACAGUCUUAUUUCGAGAGGGAUCGUCUCUGCACGCGACCUUGACAAAACUGUCACUUCUGGAAUCGGCCUGCGGUGGGCAUUGAAUGGGCCGAUCAUGACUAAUGUUCUCGGAGGAGGUCGAGACUUCAAAUACUUCAUGAACCAUCUGGGGCCCGCGCUAAAAACCUGGUCGGAUGAUAUGCGUGACCAUGAAUUCGAUUUCAGUCGUGAGAAGAUCGAUGUCUUGGAUAAAAUCGUGCAGGAAUGGGUGUCAACAGUUGAUAUAGACGGAGUGGAGAGAAAACGGGACAACUACAUAGUUGGCAUGAUCAACAACGAGUCGGAUGCUUCUAUAUAG